GAGUGCGGGGCAGCUGAUGUGUCUGUCCGCUCCGAGGCACCGGCUAGCCCCAUCCUCUCUCCUUCUCGUCUCGGACUCUACCCUUUCCUCCCGGAGACGUCAUGAGAUCCCCGGCGGGCCGCCUCUCCGACAGUGAGUCCGAGGAUGCGCUGCACAGCACCCCCUUACUUCAGAAACCCCCUCGGGGUAGCCCAGUUCCUGUAUGCUGUUCCACUCGUUACAACUUAGCAAUAAUAGCCUUUUUUGGAUUCUUCAUCCUCUAUGCCUUACGUGUGAAUCUAAGUGUAGCAUUAGUGGAUAUGGUAUAUUCAAAUAAAAGUAUGGAGAGAAACACAACUUCUGAGGCAUGCCCAGAACAUUCUGCUCCCAUAGAAGACUUUCACAAUCGAACGGGAAAGAAAUACCAUUGGGAUGCAGAAACUCAGGGAUGGAUUCUUGGCUCCUUUUUUUAUGGCUAUAUCAUCACUCAGAUUCCUGGUGGAUAUGUUGCCAGUAAAGUGGGUGGAAAGCUGCUUUUGGGAUUUGGAAUACUUGGUACCUCUUUGCUCACAUUAUUGACCCCCAUUGCUGCAGAUUUAGGAGUGGGCUUUCUCAUUGCAGUCCGAGCACUAGAAGGACUAGGAGAGGGUGUUACAUUUCCUGCUAUGCAUGCUAUGUGGGCCUCUUGGGCUCCUCCUCUUGAAAGAAGCAAACUUCUUAGUAUUUCAUAUGCAGGAGCACAGCUUGGAACGGUCAUCUCACUUCCACUGUCUGGAAUAAUUUGUUUCUAUAUGAAUUGGACUUAUGUCUUCUACUUUUUUGGUGCUCUUGGAAUACUUUGGUUCAUUUUAUGGAUGUGGUUGGUUAGUGAUAGACCAGAAACUCACAAGACUAUCUCUGUGUCGGAAAAGGAAUACAUUCUUUGUUCUUUGAAAGAUCAGCUUACUGCACAGAAGUCAGUACCAUGGAUAUCUAUGCUGAAAUCACUACCACUUUGGUCUAUUGUUGUGGCACAUUUUUCCUACAACUGGACUUUCUAUACUUUAUUAACAUUAUUGCCAACAUACAUGAAAGAGAUACUAAGAUUUGAUGCUCAAGAGAAUGGAUUUUUAUCUGCACUACCUUAUUUUGGAUGUUGGGUUUGUAUGCUCUUGUCUGGUCAAGUAGCUGACUACUUAAGAGUAACAUGGAAUUUUUCAACUGUAUGGGUCCGUAGAGUAUUUAGCUUAAUAGGAAUGAUUGGGCCAGCAGUAUUCCUAGUAGCAGCUGGAUUCAUUGGCUGUGAUUAUUAUUUGGCAAUUGCCUUCUUAACCAUAUCCACAACAUUGGGAGGUUUUUGCACUUCCGGGUUUAGCAUCAACCAUCUGGAUAUUGCACCUUCGUAUGCUGGUAUCCUUCUAGGCAUCACAAAUUCAUUUGGUACUAUUCCAGGAAUGAUCGGACCAGUCAUUGCUAAAAGUCUAACACCUAAUAACACAGUGGAAGAAUGGCAGAUGGUGUUCUGUAUUGCUGCUGGUAUCAAUGUAUUUGGAGCACUUUUCUUCACAGCUUUCUCCAGGGGCGAAGUGCAGGGCUGGGCUCUCAAUAAUUAUCACAGGCAUCUAAACUAAAGGAACCAUGGAGAAAAUCACUCUCUUGAUGCAUUUUUAUCAUCAUGGAACCUAAAAGUGCCUUUGAUAUUUGAAUGCGUAAAAACUCCGCCAAAAAAAUGUACUUAUAUAGUUGUAAGGCUGGAAAUUAUGAAAUGUCACUACUUGAUUUUUGUGAAAUUUAAUAUUUUUAAUCAUUUAUAAUGAGAAAAGCUGUGCUUCAAGUUGUAAUUUAGGUUCAUAUACACAGCUAUAAGAAAAUAAUUAUGCAUAGUAGUUCAGGAUUAACAUACUGACUAAAAGUCAAAAAACAUAAAAUAGGAGUGCUGUUUAUUUUCAAGAGAGCUAUACACUUAGGAGAAUAAGCUAAAGUGAACCCUAUCCCUUUCCACAAACCGAAUGGAGAUUCUCAGGUAUUGGUAAGGACUUGUUCUCAUCUAAACUUCUCUCAUGAACACAUUUCACCUAGUUCAAGCCCAGCUUUGCUACUUACUAGCUUUUGUGACUUUAGGUAAGUCAUUUAACCUCUCUGAGCCUCAGUUUCCUCAUCUGUGAAGAUACCAGUACUUGCACUUCAUAACUCACAGAGUUAUUGUGAGGAUAGCACAACAUGUUCUCUAAGUCAGAGCUAUUUUUAAUCUGCUCUCCCUCAUACUCAGGUCUGAAAAUUUACAGUUUCCAUGGUGCUGCUAGCAUCCAUAGAAUCUGGCCUUGCAAUUGGUCUAGUACAAUUCAAAAUAUAUUAAGGGUCCACUGUGUGUAAAGCCCUGUGCUGGCUCCUGGAGAGAUAGAAGAUAGUGAGGGAGGAUCACUGCCUUCAUGGAGUUUACUCUUGGCCAGGUAGCUGUGGCAGGGGCAGCUUCAUUUUCACCAACAGACUAUUUUUACCUAGACCUUUCCUCUCUGGCUCAUGGGGCAGGCAGUCCAGCCAUUGCCACCCAGACUAAGAUUUGCCAGUAAUAGCUCAGUGCCAUUACUUUGGGUAGAGUUCUCACUACAUGGCUAUUAACUGACUGAUGAAGCUGCACUUUCAGAGCAGCCAAGGCUGGGGGAAAUCUCAACCUCUCUGUGUGUAUUUGAGGUAACUCCCACACACUCUGCUCAGCAUGUUGAACUCUGAGUUGUUGUAUAGUCUGCAACACAGAUUUAGACUUCUGGUCAUUCCUAAAUCAUCCCAUGAACCAUGCUUGGGACCAGCUGUCCAUGCCGCUGCUUCUUCUGGUUCCAAAUAUAGGUACCUGCUUCUUGAGCUAUUGCAAAGGCAUCGAACCCAUCCUCAUUCCUCUACCUGGCUUAACUUGAGCUUCUGUUUGCAAUUCAAAGUAAAAGUGGUUUUUAAAGGCCAAAUCAUCCAGGGACAGUCCCUGCUGCUUCUGGUCCCUGGGAUUAAACUUCUGGGAUUUACAAAGGGAUUUUCACCAAAUUUUCUGCCAGUGAUUUCAAAGCAUGCUUUAAAGAACCUUUAUUUGAUUUAGGUCUUGGCUAAAGUUUUGUAGCUAUUAGUCCUAUCUACUUAUCUUGUCCGGGAUAACUUUUUUGUUACCUAUUGGGUGCAAUUUUAUGUAAUUUAUUUUUCAAACCAUAUUCAUUCCAACAUUUAUUGUAAAUAGUUUUAAUUUGU